UUGCACUUCUUAAGAAAGGAACGUGGGUGCACCUUUUGUCUGUGGCAAUAAAAUCUAUCACGUAUGCAAACUAAAUUGUGGCGAUCUGUUUAUUAAUACCCAAAACUCAACACAUACAACAUAAAUAGAAGGAUUUUAUUUAUUACUUAAUAAAGAAUACCCAAAUUAGUUAACUUUUUAAUUCGUUUUCUAAUAUAUUUAGUCAACUUUGCACAUUCAAUACAUUACCAAAAAACAUGAGUCUGAAAUUGUACUAUGAUUUAUUAUCACAACCAAGUAGAGCUUUAUAUAUAUUUUUAAAAGUUAGCAACAUACCGUUUGAAAGUAAAAAAAUAAAUUUGGGUAAAAUGGAACAGCAUAAUGCAGACUAUCAAAAGAUCCACCCAUUUAAAAAAGUUCCUGCCAUCACACACAAUGGUUUUAAUAUAAUUGAAAGCAUUGCGAUAUUCAGAUAUAUCUGCAGAGAAUUUAAUGUAGAUGAUCAUUGGUAUCCUAAGGAUUCAAAAGCCCAGGCUAAGGUUGAUGAAUACCUCGAAUGGCAACAUCUUAAUACAAGGCUGUUUUGUGCUUCGUAUUUUUUACAACAGUAUUUGACGCCAAUGUUAACUGGCGAACCGGCAAAGCCUGAAAAAAUAAUGCCAUACAAAGAGCGUUUAAAUGAUAAUCUCGAUCUUUUGGAGAAUGUUUGGUUACAAAAUACGCCCUUUUUAGUCGGUUCUGAAAUCAGUAUCGCCGACCUUGUCGGCUCGUGUGAAGUAGAACAAGUUCGUGUAGGUGGUUACGAUCCCUGGGAAGGUAGGCCACGCCUAACCGCUUGGAUGAAAAGGGUCUCGGAGGAAACGAGUCCUCAUUAUCAAGAUGCUCAUGUGUUUCUCAAUAAGUUAGUAAAUAAGACAAAAGAAAGCACAUUGAAAAGCAAAUUUUAACAAUCUUGAAUUUUUGGAUUCACAUAUACAAAUGGAUUACAAUAUCGCAAGCAUUGUUCAAAUCUUUUCUACAUCUUGAAUGCAGAGAAGACAGUUUAUUGAAAUGUUUAGAAAUCUCGCGUAUUUAACCUAGGAGGAAUUAUUUUUCUAUUCGACUGAUUGAAAUAAAUUAAAAUAAAAAUUUUGAAAGAAAUUCCUCGAAGAAAUUCAAAGGAUUCUAACAAAUCCUUUAUCGUAAAUCAUUUGCUACGUUUCAGGUACACACAGGAUGUGUUUACACAUUUAAUCGUUUUUUUUUGUUGGUGUUAUGCAUUUAAAGCUGUGUAUACAUUUAUUACGUAAUUUUGUAAUGUACACUUGCAUAGCUUUCAUGCAUCUCAUUACAUGGCUAUCUACUUUCAUGUUUUAUUAAAGCAUAAUACAAAGUAAUAUUUUAA